AUGGCUAAGGUUCGUGACCUUGGAGAAUGCAGUCCUCUGACCAAACUGAUACCGGAUCUCCGUAAUGUCCAUCCGGAUGAUGGCUUCUCUCGAAUUCCAUAUGAAAAAGGCUCGCUUCUCCUCUAUCACUUGGAAACGCUUUUCGGGCAUGGUAAUUGGACUGAGAACAUCAAGAUUGUAAAUAAACUUAACUGUUUAAAUGCAAACACUUAUUCUGACUAA